AUGGUUCACCCGGCAGCCCUGGGUGAUGCAGAUUUCAUGGAGCUUUUGUGUCUGUCAGCUGAAGAAUAUGGCUUCUGUAAUGAUGGCAUUCUCAGGAUCCGAUAUGAAGCUGAGGCUUUCGUGGAUUGGUACAUUAAAGGCGCCAAGCAGAAGAUGUUUAAGAUGAAUGAAUGCUGUAACAUUGCACCGCAUCUCUCUCUCUAUGUUUGCUCAGGAAAAGAUUUGGCUAUUUCCAAUUAG